UGCCACAACAGUCAAUGAAAAUUCAACUGGCCAAACUGAACCGUCGACCGCAGUAGAUGCCGAAUGGCAGAUACUCCCUGCUCUUCCCUGGGAGGGUGAUUUGAAUGAGCUGGAUGCAAAUGACGGUGCGCCACCGCACUGGAUGUCUAGAUUUGUGUCGGGGCGAGAAUCACAGGCACGCACUACCUGGAAACGCUGUUCUCGAGGAGCUGAAACAGAAGAUAGCCGCACUAAACUAAACUACACCAGUGCUCAGAAUCACACAGAGUUGUCGUGUAUUACCGCAUCCUGAUCUGAGAAAGAGAGACACAGCCGUCGCGCUAGAGCUGCCAUGACGGGGGUGGGGGCAGAGGAUGACAUCCCUCUCUGUGAGAGGAAAACUGUCACUGACUUCUGCUAUCUCCUGGACAAGUCCAAACAGCUUUUCAAUGGCUUAAGGGAUCUGCCUCAAUAUGGACACAAGCAGUGGCAGUCCUAUUUUGGCCGAACAUUUGACAUAUACACCAAGCUGUGGAAGUUUCAGCAGCAGCACAGACAAGUCCUGGACAACCGGUACGGUCUCAAGAGGUGGCAGAUAGGGGAAGUGGCCUCAAAAAUUGGCCAGCUGUACUACCAUUACUACCUCCGCACUUCAGAAACAAGCUACCUAAAUGAAGCCUUUUCCUUUUAUUCGGCAAUUCGCCAACGAUCAUAUUACCACCAAGUCAACAAGGAAAACAGGCCAGAGCUGGUUGUAAAAAAGCUGAGGUAUUAUGCUCGGUUUAUCGUUGUUUGUCUGUUGCUCAACAAGAUGGACCUAGUUAAAGUGUUGGUCAAGGAGCUGUCUGAAGAGAUUGAGGACUACACCCAACGCUUCAACACAGAGGACCAGUUAGAGUGGAACCUGGUGCUGCAGGAAGUUGCUGCUUUUGUGGAGGCAGAUCCUCUUAUGAUCCUAAAUGAUGACAAUGCCGUGGUGGUCCUAUCCAAUCGGCUGCAGGAGGGGGGUGUGCCCCCUCUUGAACAGGGCAUGGUGGUUGGCCAGCUCACCUUGGCAGAUGCGCUCAUCGUUGGCAACUGUAACAAUCAGGUGAAGUUUAGCGAGCUGACCAUCGAUAUGUUUCGUAUGCUCCAAGCGCUUGAGAGGGAACCAGUGAACCUAGCCACACAAAGCUCCAAGCCAGGGACACUUGAGCCCAAUGAAAAGCCAGCCAAGAGAGAGAACCCUCAUAAAUAUCUCCUCUACAAACCAACCUUCAGCCAGCUCUACACUUUCCUGUCUGCCUCCUUCAAGGAGCUGCCAGCCAAUAGUGUCCUGCUGGUUUAUCUCUCUGCCACUGGAGUGUUUCCUACUGGACGCUCAGAGUGUGAAGGACCUUAUGACUUUGGCGGUGUCCUGACCAAUACUAAUCGAGAUGUGGUAAACGGUGAGAUGGUGCAGAAGAGAAGCCAGGCACAAAAAGAGAUGCACUGUCUCCACCCAGGAGACCUUUUCUCCUUCACCAGGAAACCUCUGUUUAUCAUUGUCGACUCAUCCAACAGCACAGCUUAUAAGAAUUUCUCCAAUCUGUUUGGCCAACCACUUGUUUGCCUGCUUUCUCCGACAGUGUAUCCGAAGAGCAUGCAAGACCAGUGUCAGCGUGGGAGUCUGUUUACUCUUUUCCUUUACAACCCCCUCAUGGGCUUCCUGUCUGUGUGUGGACUGAGCAGCAUGCGCUAUGGAUUGUGGGAAAAGGCCCAGGAACUCCUGCGGAAGGUUUUCCAUGACAUUGGCCAGAUGAUCACGAGCUCCCGAGUUAUAGAUCAGGCCUAUCUGCAGUUUUAUGGCGAUGAAUUUCUUCGUCUGCUCAUGAUCCGUUUCGUGUUCUGCUGCACCACGCUCCGAUUACACAAGCUCUUCCAGGCUACUAAAAUUGAGCUGUGA